AUGGUUAUUUCGGCUCUGCAUCAGGACACUGCUAGGGCGGUUAGAUCAGCCCAGGUGCUUUCUGGUCCAUACUCUGUCGUUAAAGAGCUUGUCGAUAACGGACUUGACGCUAGAGCUACAUCUAUCUCAGUUGAGCUGUCAGCCAAUACCGUUGGUAUCAUUCAGGUCAGGGACAAUGGUACUGGUAUCCAUCCUAACGAUCGCCAGCUAGUGUGCAAACGCAGCUGUACUAGCAAGCUUCGAACCGUUGAUGAUUUGAGAAAUGUGGGUGGGAGCACGCUAGGGUUUCGUGGGGAGGCACUUGCGAGUGUCGCUGAGAUGUGCGGCGGAAUUCUCGUAACAACAAAGACGGAUGAGGAAUUAGUUGGCACUGCUUUGAGGUAUGAUCGUGCCGGACUUCUUAUCAGUUGCACCAAAUCCUCCCACCCAACGGGAACUACUGUUCGCGUGUCUGAGUUCUUGAAAUUUGUUCCAGUUCGGAAACAGACUGCUUUGAAGUGUGCGUCGAAAACAAUUUCCCGAUUAAAGAAAAUGUUGAUUGCAUAUGCACUCUCCCGCCCUGAGAUCCGGCUUUCACUUCAAGUUUUAGGGGGCAAGAAUCAAUCCCCCUGGAUCUAUGCACCGAAGAAAACCAUUUCUGGUGCAGUGGUGGCCGCUGUUGGCCCAGAAGUCAUUUCGCAAUGCAUUAUAGUAGCAUGGCCAGAGUCCCAAGACGGCGAAGCCAACUCGUCAUCGGGGCAUAAAGAUGAUAGUGAAACUAAUCCUUUAUCGAUCCGGCUAGUUGCUGUAGUCCCAGGACCUGAUGCUGACUGCUCAAAACUCACCCGUGCUGGUCAAUUUGUUUCCAUUGACAGAAGGCCCAUGUCAACGUCCCACGGCAUUGCGAAAGAGAUCGUAAAGCUUUUCAAAUGCUACCUUCGUUCAGGAUCACUUUGCAAUAUGGAUUUGACAUCACCCGUGGAUCCAUUCCUUUUUAUUCACCUACAGUACCCACUUGGUAGCUAUGACGCCAAUGUGGAGCCAUCCAAGGACGAUGUGCUUUUUGCAGCUUCAAAACUGGUUAUGUCCCUGGCAGAGGACCUAUUCAAAAGUGUUUAUGGCGAAAUUAUAUCGGAGGAUACACCUGAGAACAUCAAAGCUCCUGAUAGCCGAGCCUUAUCUUGCCAGGCGGGAUAUAUCUUUGAUCGUCCAUUGGCAAACAACUUUCAGACAACUAAAGCCAAGGAGAUGCCGUUCUUUCGACGACAUAUUUUGAGGAAUGCAAUGGAAAACGACCAUUCUGUAGAUCGCUCGUUUGCAAACCCAUUGCAAAGGAAUACGGUCAAUACAUCGCUAGGAAGUUCUACUGAUACCGUCACCUUCUCGCGACCAAACGAAAAUAAUUCCCACGUUGCAAAGAAUUCUCAUCAGGCCAAUCCGUGGAUGCUGACCAGAAGCCGUUGUAUCACGCUUCCUAGGGAAAAUUUACAGUCUUAUGCCGCAAAUUCUCAUCUCCUUACACCUAUAUGCGAGGAUGACCGAUUUCCGCCAGACACCGGUUUGAUAAACAGAGGUAGAAGGAAUUCUAUUCAAGGUAACCAAUCCUACCCGAACCCCUUGUCUGUGCAAGUACCAGACACGAAAUUCAUAAAAUACGAUAAGUCUCUGGACCAUGUCAGAAAAUCGCACAUGAGCGAACUAGGCAAUCUAACUCAAAAAAGCCCUUCCAAAGGGACAAUUCAAAAUAGAGAGUUAGGAGGGUUAGGCUGCCUAGAUGCCUGGUUAAGAAAUUUUCGAGAUCCCAAAAUCCAGCCCACCCAAGAAAACCAACAAAGUGGAAUCUUGCAGGACGGUGAAGUUGGUGAGGAUGGACUUAUAGAACUUGUUAUUGCCGGCCGGUUUGGGGAAGAGAGCAGUGAUGGUCCCAGAAGUUACAACCAAAAGAUUUAUUCACAAGGACCACCGCCACGUGCAUCGCCAAAUGCCUCCGACGUCGAUAGGGAGAGUACUCUCAUCGAAAUGCAUAUCGAUGAUAUCGCACCUGUGACUUGCUCUAAACUUGAUAACAACCAGAACGGGCGAAUUUGUGAACCAGCAAGUAGACACCUAAGCUCUGCGUCGCAAGAGAUGGUUGCUGACGCACUGGAUUUUGAAUACCGGAAGAGGGCUGCCAUACAGGCUCAAAGAAUAAUGGAGCGGCAGCAGGUUUCUUCUCAGACGGCCUUCUUCUCAUCAAAUGGAGUUAGUCGCACUCAGACAUCACAGAGUUCUCCAUAUCAAAAUCGAUAUCUUCGAGCAAAUGCCGAUCUAGCCCAGCAAGAGCCUGAUUUGCUCAGACAUGAAACAGCCUUUUCACUUUGUAAGACAGAGCAACACCCAAGGACGUAUUAUAAGCGCAUUAGGAAUAUCGUCCCGCAAAAUGCAGCCAUAUCGACAGGCUUAAAAUGGAAGCGGCUAUUGACAAAUCAAUUUCCAUUGGACACGACACCAGAGGCGUAUAGGCUUGACGGAUUCAUCGUGACUUGGACAAGUGCAGAUAACGAGAUGUCAAUACCUCCGAAAGCAUUGUCAGAAACAGACGAAUAUAUCCGAACAGGACUUGUUCCUCCAUCCUCUGCAUUUUUGGAGGUGCAACCAACGGAGAUUGCUCAGUGGACCGCUCGACUACUGACGUUGAUCCAAGAGCAAUAUCAAUCUGAAAACCCCGGUGAAGGAAUAGCCCAACUCGUUUUCGAUGAGAUUUCAACAUCGCAUGCAACAGCACUCCCAUAA